AUGGUACACCUUGCGUCGGCCUUGACGCGGAUUCUGCCCCUCGCGGCGGGCCUUGCCGUCGCGGCCCCGAACCCCGUGCGACGACAAACGGCGAGGAGCGACGCGUGUGCGGAGAUCGCGACGGCAUAUGACCUGGCUCAGGCGAACGAUUCGAUUGCCGAGGUGAAGCCAUCACUGGCCUACGAGUGCUUGCGCUCCGUCCCGGUAGACGUCGAGCGGGACGUCGCGCUGCUCAAGUACCUGCGCCCGUGGCUCGAGUUCCAGAGCACCAUCGGCAUCCUGCCCUCGCCGCCGGAGGGGUACCUGUAUCCCGGGGUGGACAUCUUCGGCGGGCUCGAUAAUAUCACGCGAGGGCUCGAGACCGGGGAGUACGAGGCGCAAAUGGACUUCGCGGUGGACCUGUACCGGCUCAUCAACGUCAAGCCGCGCGAGGGGCACCUGGCGUACGUUCCGCGUCUGGGCAGUUUGAUUCAGUUCAGGACGCCCGAGACGUUCAUCUCGAUUUCGGAGGAUGGGGUGAAGAUGCCCAAGGUCUAUCUUUACUCCGACUACCUCCGCAGCGUCGAGCAGGGCUACGCCCCCUCCGAAGUCACCCGCUUCGACGAGGCCAACAUCACAGACCACCUCCAGCAGCGCUCCGUCGACAACUCGCGCGACCAGGACCCGGACGCCGCCUAUAACGAGCAGCUCUACACCGCCGCCCUCAAGAACGUCGGCGAGCUCCCCGGCGCGGGGCUCUACACGCACACCACGCUCCCGGACGCCAGCGUCCUCGAGUUCGCCAACGGCACGAAGAAGACCGUCUCGAACUCCGCCUUUGUGGUUGCCAACUUCUCCGGCAUCGCCUCCGGCGACGACGUCCACGCGCGCUUCGAGGUCCCCGGCCCGGACGGCGAGGCCGAGGUGCCCGUCAACGCGACCCAGACCCCCUUCGCGCCCGCGCUCGAGGGGUACCCGGAGCCGUUUGUUGUUCAUCGGGACCGGUAUCUCAGCGGGUACUUGUUCGACGACGACGAGGACGCGGCGCUGGGGGAUACGGCCGUGUUGGCGGUGAACAGCUUCGUCUCGCAGAACCAGACGCGCACGGCGUCGUCCGCGCUCUUCGUCAACUACGACCCCGUCGAGUUCCUCCGCGUGACCACGCAGUUCGUCGAGGCGUGCAGGCGGAGGGGGAAGACCCGGCUCGUGAUCGACCUCCAGGGCAACGGCGGCGGGCUGGUCGCGAACGCCGUGCGGCUCUACGCCGCGCUGUUCCCGCGGGCCGCCGCCGCGGAGGGUACGAUGCACAUGAACCUGCGGCUCCGCGCGCACCCGCUGCUCGACUGGGUCGGCUCGACGGCCGAGGGGCUGGGCGCGGACCUGUCGGUGCUGCCGUACCCCGUCGGCUUCAACGGGUUCGUGGACGAGGACCUCCGGAACCUGACGAGCUGGGCGGACUUUUACGGGCCGAGAAAGCUGGGAGACGAGGGGCAGGAGUUCACCAACGUCGUGCAGCCGCUGGAGGUCGCCCCCGGCGGCUUCGACCUCCCCCGGCCCUGGUUCGAGCCCGAAGACACGGUCAUCGUGACGGACGGGCACUGCGCCUCGGCGUGCGCGUGGGUGGUAGGCAUGAUGACGCGGGAGCUGGGCGUGCAGGCGGUCGCGAUGGGCGGGCGUCCCCUCCCCGCUCCGAUGCAGGCCGUGGGCGGGACCAAGGGCGGGCCGGUGAUCGCGCUGGGGCCGUACCAGAGCGUGUACCCGGUCCUGGGCGCCUUGGCGCGGCCGCCGCCGGGGGACGUGGACGUGACGCCGUUCGCCGACGACGUGCCGCCUCUCGCGGGCCCGCCGACGAGUUCGUGGGUCGUGAACUCGGCCAACGUGUACCUCGACGACGAUCUGGAGGGCGCGCCGGUGCAGUUCCGGUACGAGGCGGCAAAUUGCAAGUUGUUCUACACGUGGGAGACGGUGACGGAUCUGAGGAGGUUGUGGGAGGCUGUGGCGGGGGUGAAGUGGAGGGGCGGGAGGUGCGUUGAGGGGUCGACGGCCGGGGGUGAGGGCGGCGGGAUGGGGGAGGAGGCGCCGGGGUUUUCGGAGGAGGUUGUUUCGGGGUUCGGGUGGGCUGCCGGGCCGGGAGAUGUGGUGCAAGGUGGUAGUGGCGGUGGUUCUGGAGGAGGUAAUGAUGGAGGUGGAAGUGGUGAUGGUGAAUCGAGUGGUGGCGAGGAUGAGAAUGCUGCUGGGUCGAUCGGGGCUGGUUGGACGAUGUUGGUGGUGAUGGUUGCGACGGUGUUGGUGUUUAUUUGA